AUGCCAUAAUUAGAAUAGAAUAAAGAAUCACUCUAAAAUUAAAACAUGGAUGGAAUACCUAUAAAAUGGUAUAUUUUAAAAUCUUUAUCUAAAAUUUUUGAGUAAAAGCUAACUGAGUCAGAAUAGUAUUUGGAAAACUAAAUAGGCUCUGACCCAUAAACUUACAUUCGCGAUAAAGAUCAUUGUACUUUAAAAUAUCUGAAAUAUUAUUUACCUAGUUUCUUUGGGAUUUUCGCAUCUUUAGUUUCUGGAGGCUGCUAUUAUUUACAUUUUAAAGAAGUAAAUAAACAUUAUCUAUAAAAAGCAAUAGAAAAUGAAGCUUUUUUACAACAAAAUCCUAAAGCUUAAAAUUUAUUCCCUGCUAAAGAAUUUGGAGGUUCUACAUAUCCUUUCAAGUAAAUUUCAAAAUCACAACAAAAAUUAAGAUUAUUAAUUUGUAUGGGAUUUUUCUUUGUUGCUGGAUACUCAAACGGAUAUGCUAAUUACAAAUACAAUUUAAUAAACAUGAAUAAAAUAUUCUAUGAGCAGUAAUAUGAAAAAAGAUUUAAACAAAUCACAUAGUAACAAAAGCAAUAAUUAUGA